ACUAUAUCUUUGAUUUACUGCAAUAAAAGUUGUAAUAUAUCCUUGCUAGACAUAUUUUAUUUGCUAAUGAGUGAUAGAUCUUCUUUGUUGAAGAAAGCGAUUCAAAAUAGCUCGCCUGAUAGCCCAUCUCGUUAUACAUAUUACACACAGUGUAACCAAACUACUGAUAACAAUAAAGAUGAUGGAAUCAAUCAAAAAAGAAAACAUUGGGGGAAAAAUCUAGGUAGAAGCUUAGCCAUAAUUUUUGGAAUAGUUAUAUUUGCUGUAUUCACAAUUGCUUUAUUCAGUGAUGAUUUUCCCGAAGGUGUUGAAUUACCAGAGUUAACGAAAUUAGAUGAAUUAAAUUAUUUCAUAAGGCCAGUUGGUCAUCAAAUUGAUACAAAUGAUGGAGAUAGUGAAGAUGGUGAAGAUAGUGAUGGUAAUGAUGACAAUGAUAACAAUGAUAACAAUGAUAACAAUGAUAACAAUGAUAACAAUGAUAACAAUGAUAACAAUGAUAACAAUGAUAACAUUGGAGCUGAUCAGUUAAAUAAGAAAAUUGGUGUUGAAAGAUUAAUUUUAAUUGGAGAUGUUCAUGGAUCCUUUCGUUAUUUUAUAAAACUAUUAAAAAAGAUCAAUUUUAAUAAAAAUAAAGACCAGAUAGUUUUAUUAGGAGAUUUUAUUUCAAAGGGAAAACAAAAUUUUGAAAUCUUAGAAUUUGCCAUUGAAAAUCAAUUGUCGUGUAUAUUGGGCAACCACGAGUUGAGUAUAUUAGAAAAAUAUUCAAGGUAUCACAAUGUUGAUUUGCCAUCUUUUAGUAAUUCCUCCUAUCCUUCGUCGAAAUCGCAAAAUUCAUUGGUUGGUGCUAAGGGAAUAAGUUUUGAUCCAGAAUUAUCGAUAGCAAAAAGACUAACGAAAGACCAUAUUGAAUACAUAACGAAAUGUCCUUUGAUUUUGAAAUUAGGCAAUAUAACAUAUGAAUAUUUAAAUCCUAGAUCAGAUAAAUAUCCUGAAUACGAUGAGUUGAAGACGGAUUUAAAAAGCUAUGACCCAGUCUAUAAUCACAGAUCGCCACUAGACACUCUAGCUAUUCAUGCCGGAUUGCAAUGGAAUGUAAAGUUGGAGGAUCAAGAACCGGAGAACUUGGCCAAUAUGAGGGCAUUAUUACGACCAGAAUAUCUUGAAGCAUCCGAUGUGAGCAUAGGACAAAUGAACCCAUUCAAGUAUAAAGCAUGGUACAAAGUGUAUAAUGACAAAAUGAGGUCAAUGGAGGACAAUGGCAAUAAAGAAGAAUUGGAAAAGUACUCAAUAAUCUAUGGACAUGAUGCUGGAAGAAAACUAAACCUCCACGAGUAUACUCGAGGAUUGGACACUGCAUGUGUUGAUGGUAAAAAAUUGACAGCAUUGGUCUUUAGUGCGAAGAUGAAUUUGAAAAGCCAGGUGAUAUAUCAUAACAAGGUGGUUCAGCAAAAGUGUCGUUGAGCUCUCAAACCGAUAAUGCAGUCAUUAUCGAAGCAAUACCCAGAACUGGAGAGGUUGUAGAACAGACCCAUUACACGUUUUGCCAUUAUACAUUUUUGUAUUUUCUUGUUCUUCACCACAAGCCCUGUGUAGGACCUAGAACCCUUUGAUUAGUCAAGGCUCGCAGAAAUAGUCAACAAUACAUGACGCUGCCUAUUACUUAAUAAGCAGCAAACAGUUCUGGAGAUAGAGAUCAUAUUCUGGAAGCAG